UUUUUGUUUUAUUUAUUUUUGUUCUACUGUCCUAGCUUCCACAUAAACAAUACAGUUUCAUUUUCAUACAGUCAUUUAACAACCUUAUUUUUUACAUAAUGCUUCGCGGGUUUGUUGAUACGGUGGUUAUCAUUCUGACCGCUUUACUAGCCUUGAUAUCCUUGUCCGAGUUGGGUAUGUUUGCCGGGGUGCAGCUCAUCAUGAUCAAGAGACACCUUGUGUACACCAGGAGCUGGCUCUACUUCUUUAGAUGGGUCGUAUUAGCACUUUCUAUUUGCUUUUCAGUUAGACUGAUGGUUUAUAGUUGGUACUUGUGCCGCUGUGGCGGACGCAAACGCUCAAUGGAAAGCAGCUCAAACCGCACGUUCCCGUAUCUUUUCGGGCUCUUAUCGCUUAUUCUAGCACCGCUUUGGGCAGUAAUCGUUUCAUUCCAGGUGCGCGGCACCGACUCGACCAUGGUGGCAACAGCCUUCAACAACUUUACCUCUGGCCAGACAAUUGUUUUCCCGCUGGGUAAGGGAUUCCUGCUAAAGGACGACUGCCAUGCCAGCCCAUUUACCCAGAUUGAAUAUGGCGAGAUUACUUGCUCGCUGCUCAAGGCCAGCACUAUUAUAACCAUUAUUUUACUCGGUCUGUGGACUCUGUCCCUAAUUUUUGCAAUCUCCCUGGGCUUCCUUGUGCACCGCACUCGCUACGAGAACAAUACCGACAUUUACAUUUACCCUCGUGAGACUGCGGCACCCGAGCCCAAAGACUAAGAGAUGUAUAGGUCCUGUCUUUGUGUCUGCGAGACGAUGAACAUGUGGACCAGUCCAAUUAAUUGAUGUGGCUAUAUUUUAAUGUGUACAUACACGUGCAACAUCGUUGUCGGUUGACAGGGGCAACGCGUUCAAUAUUUUAAUUUAAAUAAUAAAUAACAAAU